AUGGAUCUCAGUGCUUAUCAUAAGGAUAUGAAAUUGGGUGAAGGCACUUAUGGUAGUGUUUUUCGCGCCACACAUAUUCCUACGGAUCAGCCUGUUGUUCUCAAGCUUGUCCGUAUGGACCUUGAAGAGGAUGGAAUCCCACCUUCUUCUGUUCGUGAAGUCUGUAUUCUCAAAAGUCUGAAUCACCCAAACAUUCUCCAUUUCCGUGAAGUGAUUUGCAAGGAUUCAAAGAUCAUCAUGGUUUGUGAGUUUAUGGAUAUGGAUCUUAAGAACUUUCUUUCGAAACGAAGAAUGAACCCAAAUUUACUCAGAUCAUACGCAUUCCAAUUACUCUGCGGAACCUACUAUUUACACAGAAUUGGCAUUGUUCAUCGCGAUAUCAAACCAGAAAAUAUUCUCAUCGACAGAGAUGGAUUACUUAAAUUAGGUGAUUUUGGCACAGCAGCAUAUUGCUUCCAUCCAAUUCCUUACGAUAUCGAAGAAAUCAAAACUCCAUGGUAUUUAGCUCCAGAAAUCUUGAUUAAUGCCCCAGCUCAUGGCACAGAGAUUGACAUUUGGAGCAUCGGCUGCGUCAUUGCCGAAAUGGCUCGUGGAAACCUUUUCAUGGGCGAUUCUCAAGUUGAUCAGUUGAUCAAAAUUACCGAAGUCUUAGGAAUUCCUAGUGAGGAGGACUACCCAGACUUUUAUAAAUACAAAAUUAACAAUAUUCCUUGCAUGAAAAAGGAAAAACCAGACUUUAAUAGUUUCUUCCCGGGAGUUGAUCCGGAACUGGUUGAUUUAAUCAGUAAAAUGCUUCAAAUGAACCCGGAGCAUAGGAUCAAUGCCCAGAGCGCAUUGAAUCACCCUUAUUUCAAGGAUGUUAAUGAAAAUCUUAAGCAUACAUGCAUGGAAUAA